AUGACUUUUUAUUCAGUUGACGAAUUAACUGCACGUCUUGAAAAGUUGGAUCAAAAUAUUACUUUAACCCUUCAAGAAAUAGAUAAUAAUUUCUCCACGUGUCAACAUAUAAUAACUACCAAAAUAUUACCACAAAUAUCGCGUUUCGCAGAAGUUUCGGAGGAUAUUUGGGAAAAUUCAAAGUUAUGGUGGUCUUUUCUUGAGUCAAUAGAUUUAACGGCUUCAAAUGAUAGUUCUUCUCCAGCCUCCAUGGAAUAUAUUAAUUCCAAAAAAAAACUUUUCGAAGAUUCGAAAUCGAUGAAUAAUUACGAGUUUAUCUCUUCGACUCCACCUCAAGGUUCGAAAACGAUGGAGAAUUAUGAAUUUAUCUCUUCGACUCCACCUCAAGGUUCGAAAACGAUGGAGAAUUAUGAAUUUAUCUCUUCACCUCCGUUACAAAAUCCACCUCCCAGUUCGAAAAUGAUGAAUAAUUACGAUUCUAUCUCUUCGAUUCCAUUACCAAAUCCGCCUCAAGAUUCGAAAAUAAUGGAGAAUUAUGAUUCCAUCUCUUCGACUCCAUUACCAAAUCCACCUCAAUAUUCUCAUAAAGCUAUGCAAUCAUUAAAUUUUGGUGAUAAUAAUUCUCUUGCUACUUCUUCAACGUCAAUUACUUUGCCGACAUUACCUCCAUCCGAUAUUCAGAAGUUACGAAAGCCAACUAUUUUCUCUCCCCCAGUCACAAUUCAAUUUUCUAUGCCACCAUCGAGAUUAUUGAAAUCUCCUGCAAAACAAGCGGCUAGAAUUAUUGUAAAUGAUCUUUUGAGUAUGAUGAGUCCGAUUUCAUCAAUUGCAUCAUUCGGAGAAAUGAAAAUGUUAUCUGGUAAUUUGAAAGAGUUAUCAUUAGAGAAAGAUGAUGGAAGUGAUGAUGAAAGUAUGGAUUCACCUUGUCCUUCUGGACCAAUUUUAGCAUCAAGGAAUUUAUUCGAACUUUUUUAUGAUCACAGGACUGAAAAAUGUGAACGUGAAGAGUAA